AUGCGGGAGAAACUGAACUCCCAUCACAGCCGCUGGAAGGAGUCCAUCCUUGCACGCAACAUCAUCGACAUCCGACACCGACCUGGCAUCGAGAACCCGGUGGCAGACGCGCUAAGCAGGAAGUGGACGAACCGGGACCGCACGGAGCAGGACGGGUCGGCCUGGUCGGUCCUGGCAGACUGGGAAUCACCACGAGGGGUCACGAGAGAUGUGUUUACGGUGGCGGACAUACACACGGCAAGUCACCCUCUCCAGACCCUGUUUGCCGACGAUCUAUUCUUUGCCCCAGUAGUCGACCAUCUGCUAGGGUAUACGGUUGGGGAUUCAAUCGCAGAGCGCAGAAGACUCGCGCAUCGGGCAGAGGGGUUCAUGAUCGAGGAGGGUAAGCUUUGGCGAGUUGCGGACACGGCGGCGCACCGGGUAGCACGGACGGAAUGCAUUCCCACAGCACAGGGCUUCGACCUGGCAAUGGAGGUCCACGCGCAGAACGGACACUUCAAUGUGGAGAGCACGAAACUUAAACUCUCAGACCGCUACUUCUGGCCAGGCAUGGACACAGAUUGCAGGUCGGUAAUGCUUGAAUGCUCGCGGUGCAAGAGCUUUGGUGCCCCGACCCGCAACUCCCUGCUGCAACCGAUCCGCCGUACCCUUCCAUUUGCCCUGAUUGCAGGCGACUACCUCUCGUUACCGGACGGCAAGGGCGGCUUCAAGAACGUCGGGCUUUACGUGGACGUGUUCUCGCAUUUCGUAUGGGGGACAAAGCUCAAGUCGGCAGGCACCGCUAAAACGACCAUUGAUUCACUAAGUCGCAUCUUCCACGAGCAUGCUGUACCUGACGCUUUCAUGGCAGACGGAGGGAAGCAUUUCCGGAACGACGCGGUGUCAGACUAUUGCACCGCUAACAAUGUCAAGCACAUUACAACACCGGCAUACUCACCUUGGGUCAACGGCCUCAUCGAGGGGAGCAAUAAGAUCCUGCUCAAGAUCUUGAAACGGCUGUGUGCGCCCGAUCACGACACGGAUGAAGGGGCGGUGGACCCAGGAGACAUUCCGAGGAACUGGCCAGAUCACUUCGACGAAGCAUUGCGCAUGAUGAACGAUCGGAUCCUGAUUGCGCUCAAAGCCACACCGAGGGAGCUGCUAUUCGGGCGACCCUUCACACGAGAUCAAGCCAUACCAGACCAGCUGAGUGAAACCACCGCAUCGGACGCAGACAUUCACUUCGCGAUAGCGGAUAGCAUCCGCUGGACAGCACACCUCAGAUCCACCUCAGUUACCACCGCCAUCACGCGGUUCUCCCCCCGCGGGGUACCUACUGGGUACCCUCAGACGUCUUGCUGA